GAUCAAUGAGGGUCAAAGUUGGCGUAGUGAUUUUGUGCUUCCUUGUUGCGAAUUCCGUCUUCGUUGCGGCGGACAGCAGGCAAGUCCGGGGUCGUCCUGACCCUUCUACUGUGGAUGGCAGAGAACAGCAGUGCAUGUCGACUGCUGUGAAAUGGUUUGAUAAGUUUCAAAGGGAUAUCUUCAAUAGCACGCUGAUUCCACAAUGUACUCAUCUCACUCGAUUCCCUUAUUGCAUCACACAAACCAAUAGCUCAGCAAGGCCUGCGAAAACAACCGAAGGUCUAUCAACUCCUUCAACACCAAUUCCAACUCUGCUUUCUUCCCCUAACAAAAUCACCACUGACGUGAACGGAACUGAAAUUCCUUCACACAUUUCUGAAAGUACACAAACAAUUCACACUCACAGCACAGCUCUGAGCACUCAGGCCUCAUCGUCAUCGGUCGGCGUAUCCGAUGAGGAGCAGACGAGCGCUGGGUAUUCUUCGCCGACAGAAAAAGUAACAACGGAGGUGUCGACUUCGUCGAUUUCAGAGAGCCUGUCAACUCUGCUUUCUUCCCCUAACAAAAUCACCACUGACGUAAACGGAACUGAAAUUCCUUCACACAUUUCUGAAAGUACACAAACAAUUCACACUCACAGCACAGCUCUAAGCACUCAAGCUUCAUCGUCAUCGGUCGGCGUAUCCGAUGAGGAGCAGACGAGCGCUGGGUAUUCUUCGCCGACAGAAAAAGUAACAACGGAGGUGUCGCCUUCGUCGAUUUCAGAGAGCCUGUCAACUCUGCUUUCUUCCCCUAACAAAAUCACCACUGACGUAAACGGAACUGAAAUUCCUUCACACAUUUCUGAAAGUACACAAACAAUUCACACUCACAGCACAGCUCUAAGCACUCAAGCUUCAUCGUCAUCGGUCGGCGUAUCCGAUGAGGAGCAGACGAGCGCUGGGUAUUCUUCGCCGACAGAAAAAGUAACAACGGAGGUGUCGCCUUCGUCGAUCUCAGAGAGCCUGUCAACUUGCACUGCUUUGCCUAGUAACCUUUAUGGCCACCCGGAGUGUACAACUUGGCAUCCGACGCCUCUAUCACGAACCCCUCCGGAGAGACCUCUUUUGAAUAAUCGAACUUCCACAGAAUCACCGGAAAAGAAACCGAAGCAUGCAGAAACAAGCACGAGUGUCUCCCCUAAGAGCCCUAGAGUUAAGACAACAGCAUCUCCAUCAGGUGUUGAUCGAACGAAAAACAGAACAGGAUCUACGAACAUAUUGAAAAGUCUGUCGACUCCUUCUGGAGCAGUUUCAACUCAGCCUUCUAUCCCAUACGAAAAUACCUCUCGAUCAACGAAAAGUGAGACCCCAGUUGAUUAUGACAGCACUGGAACAACGGCAACAGCACUUCCAACAACUGUUGUUCCAAUGAAAAGCACAACAGGAUCUAGGCACACAACAGGAUCCAGGAACACACCAGAAGGUCAUCGACUCCUUUCGCAGCAGUUUCAUCUCAGCCUUCACUCCCAUACAAAAAUACCCACGUAUCAAAGAAAAGUGAGACCCCAGUUGACUAUAAGAGCAUUGGAACAACGGCAACAGCACUUCCAACAACUGUUGUUCCAAU